CAUCUCCAUACCCAAAAAAAAAACCCUUCAAAGUUCAGAAUCACGGUUACACCGGAGAGAACGAGCAAUCCACCAUCACCACCAUCCCUCUCAUUCUCCGAUGACGGCGUCGUCGUCGACUACAAAUAUGUUAGCUGUUGUCGUUAAUCGACAUGGCUUCUAUUCUUGGGUUGGAUUUGCUAUAACUGAUGAAUCAGAAGGUGUAGCACUCGUCAUCACCACGCUUGUGCAAUCUAUUCAUGAAGGUAUUUGGGAUCGGGCCGCCUCUUGGUACAGGCUGUCCUCGUACUUCCUGUUCAGAGCCAAAGAUGUUUUAAAUAUUCAUAUGCAUAACCGCGAGUCUGCAAAGUGGAGAAAAACAGUCCACCCAAUGUCCCAAACAACAGUUUGGUGUCUUUGGAGGGCCCUUAAUGCUAAAGUUUUUGAUGGUAAACAACAAAGGAUGGUGGAGCCAUGGAAGAAAUCAAAGUUUUGGCAACUUGUGGCUGAGAAACAGAGCAAAAGUGCAGCAUCUGACAUGGGGCGAUUGCUAUACAUUUAAUUUAGAUUGUAUGGUUAUUUAAAUGAUGCUUGGUGUAUCUGUUUUAUGUUUUUUGGUGGCUGUAAUUUUAUGCUAACUUUCGGUUAGCUUUGGAUAUAUUUAACGAUGUUUUG